AUGAGUCCCAUCGGAAUCUUAAGGACAGAUGAGAGAAAACCUUCCUCCAUAUUCUCAACGUACCCCGGUUUUAUUUUCUCCAUUGAGAAGGAUGCUUUCAUUUGGGCUCCCUCGCCAAAUAUCACGCCUCUGGAGUCAUCUGUCCGGGCAGAUCCGUCUCUAACUGUCAAUGACUUGCCCAACCAACUCACUUCCUCACGGGUUUCCGCGCAUUAG